ACGUGCCAUUCUUUUUCUCGGUAGGUGCCUUCCAAGAACGACCAAAGAGGUUGGACUGUUUAUGAGGUUUCAAUAUUGCUAAAGGAAAAAGCGUCCAUAAGGUUGUGAAAAUAUUUACCUGGGAAUUGCUUUCAAAUAGCUUUGUCUCUACGUGUAAGUUGACACUAGCUGAGGGGCACACAUUCUUCAAGCUAAAACGACAGUGAACACUCUAAAGUCAAAAAUGUCCAGUGAAGAUUGCGCCACACAAAUCAACAAUUCCUUGAACCAAGAUCCCCGUUGCGCGGACAACAGUCAGGACAAAGUUCCUGUUUCUCCAGUGGAAAAAGUGGCAGUCUUCUCCGUAAUAUAUGGAAUCAUAUUUCUAGUAACCAUUGUAGGUAAUGGGUUUGUUUGCAUCGUAAUCACCAGAAGAAAAGACAUGCGCACUUUGACCAAUCUGUUCCUCCUCAAUAUGGCCAUCUCAGACUUGCUGUCAGCUCUGUUCGCCAUUCCAUCGCUGAUGUCUGACCAGAUCUCGCCUAGCGAAUGGCCUCUCGGAGGUUUCAUGUGCCGAGCAGUCAGAGUGAUUUCUUCAAUAUCUGUGUCGGUGUCCGUUUAUACGAUGGUGGUGUUGGCAGUAGAAAGAUAUCAAGCCAUCGUGAAUCCCUUCACGGUUCGUGCCUCACGAAAAAAAAUCAGACGAACUGUGAUUUUAAUGGGUCUUACUUGGCUGGUGUCUUGUGCCAUUGCUGCUCCCCAGGCCUUUGUGGUCACGACAAAAUACAAACGGUGCGUCGAAGACUGGACGGGUAAAGGCGGGAUAUUUGGAAACCAAAUUUACACAGUGUUGGCGUUCAUUCUUUUAUUUGUCCUCCCUAUUUUGGUGAUUGGCAUAAGUUACAUCAUGAUCAUACGAACCUUAUGGCAACCGGAGCCGUCCCUAAGCGACGACGCACGCGCACGCAGCGGUCGUGGUUUCUCUCCAACGAAUAGCCAACCAUCGUACAGUGCGAACCGUGCCUACGCAAUUAACAGAAUGAAAAAGAAGCGCAAGACGACCUACAUGCUUCUAACAGUGAUCGUCACGUUUAUGACGUGCAUGUUGCCUUUUCAAGUGGUUGUGCUGCUCAGAGCGUUCAUACAGCUUCCCUAUGAGACGGUCGGCUUCAGCGUUUUCGUGAACUUCUCCUCGGUACUUGCUCUGUGUUCCAUGGCAUGUAACCCUUUCAUCUACAGCUUCUUCAGUGACAAGUUUCGCAAGGCUUGCGUGGAUGUGUUCAGGUGCCGAUGUGAGGAGGAUGGCCAACAAGCGCCCACUACCUCUGUCCUGUUGGUCAGCUCGACGAUGCUGCAAACGGGAUAAUUCGAACAACUCUUUUGCUAUGUUCAGGAACAUGACAUUACAAUUUCAAUGAGAGCGUUGCUUUUUUCGAAUUAAGACUUAUAUCAAGGGGAGUGCCGGACUUUUCAAUGAGGGAGGGGAAGGUUAGUCCUUCUCACGGGCUGCUUCCCUACCAUUUGGAAGCAUGUGGGAUUGUUCUAUUGAUUCUAAUUAGACAAUAUUACAAUAUUAGACGGAAACCUUUUCGCAUCGUGACAGCCCGCUUUCUCAGGUCCUAGAGUAUCUUUAAAGCUAAAUAAAUUCAUUAGAGGAUUCUGCUAACGUUAAACCAGAAGAAAGGUGUCCGGGGUUAAUUUAUUACGCCAGUACCACCCUUAACGCCUUGAUGUCCGAUUGUGUAUUAAAAGUUUCUUGGUAAUUGACUUUAGAAAAUUAUCAUCAAUGUUUGUGUUAUGUACUGAGACGACGAAACAAAAUAAUACCUAAGUAAUUCUUACCAUCUUCAGAUAUCGAAUUUGAGCAUUGCAGUUGAAUUAAGUAAAGAAUUAAGUACAAGACGGUAUAAUAUGUUGAUGAGAAAUAAUUUCAUGGCGAGGAUUAAAGGACAUGACCCCCUUUGAUUGGGUACUUCUUGGCGUAACUAGUUUACUCUAAAUUUAGCCUCUUAUUUUCUGUUUACCUUAUCAGGACGCGUCUCGCUCUGAUUAGCUCAGGCUAGACGGUUCAUUGUAAUAUGUCACAGUGUUUUUAUAAUUAAAAAAAUGUACAUGUAUAUUAUGAGAAGCGACCGGGAAAUAAUUUGAGCUAGACGCGAGUGGUGAUGUGCGUAGGCUUGGGUGGGUAAGUGGAUGCAGUUAAGUGGAGUUACUUGGCUUGUUCCGGACUGUCCGAUGGAGAAAACGAGCGAAAGAGCAGGCAAGCGAGAAAAGAACUCUCACGGCGGUUGGCAGAACAACGGUUGCAGAACGACUUCUUGUGUUUUUCGCCGUCCCCUUUUUUCGCCUAUUUUCACUGACCGAGAACAUCGCACAGGGUUAGAGAACAUGUACUUCCCUUACACUA